GCUUCUCAAAAGCCAAAAUUGGUAUACAGUCAAAAUUUAACUGGAUACGUAUACGACUAACCAUGAAAUGCUUUCCAGCGUUCGUGCACUUGUACCUAUCAAUUAAUCUCGUCUUUCCAGAUAUUGUUUAUGGUGAUCAGCAUGCAUCUUGCAUACGCUGUUUCUGUAAGACUGGCAAAUCAACUUGUGAACUGGAAAACGACAAGUGCACGUGCAUAAAUGAACGAAUGUACUUGAAGAACAGCACCCGUUGCGUCGUCCACACUGAAGAUUGCGGCCUGCAUCCCGUUGGAAAAAGAAUCAGGCCGGGCUGUUUACCUUGCCAAUGUUCACGCGGCAGUGAUCAGUGUGAUUUGAUUGACAGCAACUGCACCUGCCGAGACGGAAGUAUAUACUUCAUGGAGAGUGAUAACCAAUGUGUUCUUGACAUAGACGAGUGCAGCACGCAUUCUCCUACCAGAAGCAAUUGCGCUAGAUGCACCUGUCCUCACGGCCAGAGGAAGUGUUAUCACCCCGGGAACCAGUGCGAAUGCAUCAAUGGCAGGUACUACAUGCCUGAUUCCGACGAAUGCGUCCAAAAUGACGAGGACUGUAUUUCCCCCAGCCCCUUCAGCAAUUGCGCUAAAUGCAUCUGUCCGCCCGGCCAGAGGAAGUGCCACCUCGUCGGCAACAAAUGCGACUGCAUCAAUGGGAAAUACUACAUGAAUGGUUCCAACGAAUGCGUCGAAAAUGAAGACGACUGUAUUUUCGACAACCCCCCGGGCACUUGCGCUAAAUGCUUCUGUCCUCGGGGCGAGAGGAAGUGCCAUUUCUUCGGCAACAAGUGUGACUGCAUCAAUGAGAAAUACUACAUGCCUGGUUCCCACGAAUGCGUCAAAAAUGAUGAGCACUGUAUUAUCCCCAGACCCACGAGAAAUUGCGCUAGAUGCACCUGUCCGCCUGGCGAGCUGCAGUGCCAUCUUAUCGGCAACAAGUGCGACUGCGUCAACGGGAACUACUACCUGACCGGUUCCGACAAAUGCGUCGAAAAUGAAGGCGACUGUAUUUCCGACAAGCCCACGAGGUAA